UGAGGGGCGAGCAUGCGCGCGGCGGGCGGGCGGGCGGGCGGGCGGGAAGGUAGCGGGGCAGUGCCGGGCCGAGCCGUGCUGCCAUGGUGAGCGGGGCGGCCCCCCGCCUGCCCCCGGCCUCGCCCGCCGCCCGGAGACGCCACAGAGGGAAUAUAUGAAGGAGGAAGUGGAGGAGUGUGCUGAAGAUGAGGCGACUGAAUCGGAAGAAGACGUUGAAUUUGAUGAAAGAACUGGAUGCCUUCCCAAAGGUUCCUGAAAGCUAUGUGGAGACUUCAGCAAGCGGAGGAACAGUUUCUCUGAUAGCAUUUACAACAAUAGCUUUCCUGACUGUAAUGGAAUUUAUGGUGUAUCGGGACACGUGGAUGAAGUACGAGUAUGAAGUAGACAAGGAUUUUACUAGCAAGCUAAGAAUCAAUAUUGAUAUUACAGUUGCCAUGAGGUGUCAAUAUGUGGGGGCUGAUGUUCUGGACUUAGCAGAAACAAUGGUUGCCUCUGCAGAUGGCCUAAUCUAUGAACCAGUGGUGUUUGAACUCAGCCCACAACAAAAAGAAUGGCAAAGGAUGCUGCAGCUAAUUCAGAGUAGGCUGCAGGAAGAACACUCUCUUCAAGAUGUGAUAUUCAAAAGUGCUUUUAAAAGUGCUUCUACAGCAUUGCCACCGCGGGAAGAUAAUUCAUUACAGUCUCCAGAUGCAUGCAGAAUUCAUGGCCAUCUGUAUGUCAAUAAAGUGGCAGGGAAUUUUCACAUAACUGUGGGCAAGGCAAUACCACACCCUCGAGGCCAUGCACACUUGGCAGCCCUUGUAAGCCAUGAGUCCUACAACUUCUCACACAGAAUAGAUCAUCUGUCAUUUGGAGAGCUUAUUCCAGGAAUUAUCAAUCCCUUGGAUGGAACAGAAAAAAUAGCAUCAGACCACAACCAGAUGUUCCAGUAUUUUAUCACAGUUGUGCCAACCAAACUCCACACGUAUAAAAUUUCAGCAGAAACUCAUCAAUUUUCAGUGACAGAAAGGGAACGAGUAAUUAACCAUGCAGCUGGCAGCCACGGGGUGUCAGGAAUAUUCAUGAAAUACGAUAUCAGUUCACUUAUGGUGACGGUGACAGAAGAGCACAUGCCUUUUUGGCAGUUCUUAGUACGUCUCUGUGGCAUUAUUGGGGGAAUUUUUUCAACUACAGGAAUUUUACAUGGUUUUGGAAGAUUUGUAGCAGAAGUUAUUUUUUGCCGGUUCAGACUGGGCUCUUACAGAUCUACGUCGGUCCCACUUCCUGAUGGCCACACAAGCAACCACUUACCUCUAAGUACAGACAAUAACACGCAUUAGCGCCUCCUGAGAGAAUUUUCUUUCGUCCUGCCUGAUACAGAAGACGUUUUUUUUUUUUUUUAUAAUAAAGAAAACAUUGUGCAAUAUGCAGAGACAGUACUGAUGGGCAGCGGAAAAAGUGAAGCCUCUACAAAAAAAAAAAAAAAAAAAAACAAACAACAAAGCAGCAAACAAAAUUUCUGUAACUUUUUGUCUUUUUAAGCGCGUAUGGAGUCAUAGGAAGUUCUGAGACCGGUGCGGUGGACCAGCUGGGGAUUGAAGGAGCGUUCCUGCCAGUACAGUAUUCAUGGUCAAGCUGAACGUCUUUGUGAUGACUGCCAUCAACCACUGGAGUGUCUGCUUACGGGCAUGCUAGCGGGCUCCGGGGGGACAGAGACCAAGUGGGAUGUGUGGAAGGGCCGGGCAGCAGGCAAAGGAGGGACAGUAGCAAAGCUGUUUUUUUCUUCUAGGCGUGCAAACUGGGUUUGGGUUUUCUUGUUCUUUUGCGAUGGCUGAGGGUAGGGGCGAAGAUGCCAUUCUUAUAGGCUGGGAGUGAUUUUGGGAAGUCCUGCUUGAGAGAGAGAACUCAGGGAGUAAGAUGGAGCCCAAGCCAUAAUGUUGGUCGUAGCUGCUGCCUUUGUGGUCUCACCAUUCCUUAAUGCAGAGCAGGUUUAUGCCUCUGUGUUUUCACACGGCCGCGUAGCCAGCAGUGACAAUAUCGCUUCUGGUGCUUAGUGUGGAAGUUCUCGAGGCCUCUGAGAAUGGGUUCCCGUGUGUCUGGUGCUGGUUUUUGAGGUGGAAUUAGAAACCUUUUAAAUAAGGCUUCUGAGCGUAGUCUUGGCUCCCUAGCAAAAGAUCAGGAAAACUCUUCAUACGCCCCUUUCUUAAGUAAAGAAGUUGCUUUGAUGCAGCCUUCGUUGUACCCCUGCUGCUAGCACAUAAGGAAAAAGAGCAAGAGCAAGAAACUGCCUUGCUCUGGUUCAGUUAAAUACUGUAGAAACACGGGAUUCAGGCCAGCUGGGCAGUCUGCUAGUCCAGGCAGGGAGCAGUGGAGGUGGUCCCCAAGUUAGCCCCAGCUUUGGGGAAUCUCAGCCAUUUAGCUGCAGACAAAUGAUGAGAAGUGACACGCGGAGUUAAUCCCUAUUGUUCAUGAAGGUUUUUGUAAAAUAAAUGAAAAGAGCAAUAUCGGUUUUAUAUUGUAAAUAUGCUACUGAGAGUGAAUGUUAUUGAUAUAGACGGUGCUUUGAGAAACUGAAGAACAUCCUCUUACUGCUGAACUACUGGCACACACCUGUGGUUAAACAGUUACUCCACCAGGGUGAAAAAUAAUCAGUGUGAUUCCUCCUCAGCAAAAUUGGUUUAAUAAUGUAUUAGGAGAUUAUGCUGACCCUGGCCUUGUUCACCAUACUGAAUAUUAAAAAAAAAAAAAAAAAAAAAAAGGAGGACUGACUAUGGAAAAUAAAGAUCUCUGGCGUUGUCAGAUUUUGCUGACUUCUGUUAAUGUAAUUUACUGGACACUUGGAUCUUGGUGAUGAGCACAGUAUAAAUAAUUUAGCUGAUUUGCUAUGCAGAGCAAAGGGCUUCUGAAAUUGAGAAAUUACACAAAAUACUAAAUAAAAUGCAGGAAAUGAGGGAAGACCUUUGUCCAGUUUGACUCUUGAGAAAGACAGGAAGGCAGGUCCUUGGGGUUGACAGCCAAGUUUGGUCUUUUUAUAUUUUUUGAAUUUAUGGUUUUCUGUUUUUUUUUUUAACACUAAUUAAAACUCCAGCAACUUGAGAAACAAACUCUUGUCCCUAGUGAGCACGAAGAUCAGAAGCUGUAAGUUCUGGGUUCCCAGAUCUCUUUGGCAUUUCCCUCCGAGGCUUUUUGCCUACUUCGGCUCAGGCUGGUUCUGCUCUGGGCUAUGUCCUAACCCUUGUUUCUGAGCUGCGUGGAACAGACGGCACCGGCGGAGGUUUUGAUCUCAGUUGACUCUCUGUAUCAGAAUGUAAAUGUUAUUUUCUAUUCUCACAUAAAACGGCCAAGUGGCUUAGUGU